AGCAUUUGGAAGAUGACCAAACCACAAGGGGAAUGGGACAUCGAUUGGUCAUGGAGCUGCAGCUUGGAGGACUUUCGAGAGUAUGACCCGGAUGUCCAGAUUGGCAGCCCCCGCUCGGUGGCGGCCUGCGACGCCCAGGGCAUUCGACCUCGGGAGCUCGCCUACAAGCCCCUGGAGGUCUUCCAACUUCCAGGCCUAGACCCUCGUGUGGCCCAGCUGCGCUAUGAGUUCAUGGAGGCACGACGGCAAGAUCUUCUGAAGGCGGCGAGGGACACGCGCAACAUCAUCAUUGAGCUUGUGGAAGAGGCAGACCGAGAGGAGGCGAAGGCGCAGGAGUCCAAGCACAGCGCACGCAAGAAGCAUUGGCAGCAAGCGGCCAUGGCGGAGGACCGGAGCACCAAAGACGACCUGCACCGGGAACUCCAACCGUCUUGGCGAGACGGAGGCCCACCUGAUCCCAGCCUCUCCGGCCCACCGACCACGCCCUACCCCGUUGCCUUGAACUUCUUCAAGGAGGUCUUCGAGGAAUUUUCUGCCAGCCGAGCCAUGGAGAGGCCAGCCAGCUCCCAAGACGCAGAGGGCCAGGUGUUGUUACCUCCAGUGACGCCUCCCUCAUCGAGCUCCUCCCCGGUGAUCAAGCAGCUGCGGCCGUCCCCGAAGCGCGCCACCUCGGAGACGCAGCUGAGAGACCUCAUCCACAAGAUGAAGACGGUGCCGAACGGCAACCACGUGGACGAGGAGUUCGCGCGGAAGAGCCACGAGCUUCACCUCACCUAUCCCAAGUUGGAGGCCAGAUGGCGGCAAAAUGUCUACAAGGAGCAACUGCGAAUGCAGAAGAGCUUGACUCACAUGGCGACCGACUGCUUUGAUCGUUUGAUCAUCGAAGAAGAGGAGAAGUAUGAAGCCUCGAAGCUCCGUGAGGCCAUGCACCAGCUCUCCCAAGAGGACGAUCCAACCCGCGAGCAAAAGAAGACGCCAAGCUUUACGCCAUUGAGCACCACAGCACGCUCGAGCCAUGGCUUCUCAUCCACGAUGCGCUCUGCAUCCAGCUCUCGUGCAAGCCAUGCUGAUCGAGAGGAUGCAGCCAGAGACAAGACCCUUGGCACUUUGCGGGAAAAUGAGAUCAAGCGCAACGAGACGCUGCAAAAGAAGCUGGAGCAUCAGCAAGAGGUGCAGGAAAGGGUCGUAGAGCAAGCCACCGCGGUCAAGUGGAGGAUGGCUUACAAAGUGCUCGAGGAGCGGCUGCGAUGGCGGCUCAAGUACAACCAGGUGGAGGCGAAGAUGCAAGAGCGCGAGCGGCAAACCAUGGAGGCCUUCGAGCAACGCCAGGAGUACUUGCGCCAACGCCAGGCCCGUUGCGACGACUCCGGGGAGAUCCGGAAGGAGCUUCGUCACUUGCGCGACGUGGGCAGACGGCUGAAUCAGGCGCAGCGCGAGCGGAAAGAGGCCUGGCGCUUGGCGAAGAAGAAGCGGGAGAGCAUGGAGAAGCACCUUGCGCACUGCGGGCUGAAGAUGCCUAACAUGCCCAACGUGAAAUCAUAGAGGGCUCCAAAACGCCGUCAUGUUCCUUCGACAUCGCCAAAAUCGUUUAUGUCGAUGUCGACAUGGUCAUUGAGAAAACUUGGUUGUUCCAUGGCGACAUCGGCAUCACCCCAGCAGUGCUUCAAUGGGUUGGAUCCACCCAGCUUCCGGCGAGUUCGAACGUGGAUGCGGUUUGGGAGGCCUGGCACGAACUCGCGCGAAGCCAACGCGAUGCACCGGCAAACGUGCUUGAGAUUUGUCCCC